CUCGUCGUCAAGUAUGGCGUCACCACGGGCCUUUCGGAAGCUCUAGCGUCCGAGCUCGUUCGCUCUCAAACCAGCAUCCCUGUUCCUCGUGUUCUCGCCUACUAUUCCGACUCCGAGUCCAGGAUUCCGUAUAAGAUCGGAUACAUCGUGAUGGAGAAGGUCGAGGGUGUGAUGCUAAAUAGUAUCUUGGAGAUGUUGGACGAUGCCGCGAUCGAGUCCAUCACUUCUCAGCUGGGGGAGUAUCUCAGCGAGAUGAAGAAGCUCGACAGACCUGGGGAAUGGGGAAUGUCUCCGUUUCACGCCAAUUCCAGGACAUCAAACCCUCUUCGAGCUCGGUGCUGCAGAGACUUCGUGGAACAUUUCGCCCAACUCGUCGAUCGCAGCAUGAACGAGAAAUGGGCCGCCAGCACGCGGGCGAUAGUCGAUUCUUUCAACAACGAUCUCCCUUCCUCGUUCUGUCAUCCCGAUCUCAUUCCGGAGAAUAUCAUGGUUGACAAACGCACGAAUCGUAUCACUGCCAUCAUCGACUGGCAAGGAGCCGGCUGGUAUCCGUACUUCUUUCAAUCGUGGGUCGCC